AUGACAACUUCACUAUCCAUUCGACAAGGGAUGCUCACGAAGACAUCCAGACGUCUAUCCACGAUUCUUGACGAUGUCGCCAGCGAACUUCUCAUCACGCCUCCACUCGACCAAGCGAUGAGGAAGACCUACCUCCACGAUAAGAAGAUUCGACUGGUGAAGCUAAAGAAGAACAUCCAAGCAGCCGCUGCGAACGUUCGACAAUGGCAUGCGAUCCUACACGGAAUCAGCGGACUCACUCGACGACAGUACUCCUCAACUGUCUGCAGUUCUGGAAAAGGUAUCGACAAAUGCGUCAGCGGCCCAAGACCUGCUCAUACGCACGUGCUCAAGACGAAACACGAACAAGCGGAUCAGUGGACAACUGGUCUCCUACUUUCGCACGUUUGCAAAUUCAUUGAUACCGAAGCAGAAAUCCAGCGACAUCUCGGCAAAGCGAACGGAGAGCAGGAAUCGAUUCAACAGAAAAGCGGUUCAGCGAAGUCAAUGAAGCCCAAGAGCGGAAGGAUCGAGAGCCGGAAGAGCAUCAUAUGCUUCUUCUGUGAGGAGAUGGAUCACUCUCCGAGAAACUGUCCGAAGCUCACCACACGAGCACAAAGACUGGAUCACAUGAAGCGGAACUCCCUGUGCCUGAAUUGUGGAGAACGGAAUCACAAGGCCAGUGAAUGUUCGAAAGGAGCAUGCAGGAUUUGCAACAAAGUCGGACAUCAUACUUCCAUAUGCCGUCAAGCAAAUCCUCUCCAAGAGAAUGGACCGCAGCCUGGAGCGGAAAGGAAGAUGCCGACCGCAGCUCAAAAGCCUCCGCCACGAAAGGCAACAAGACAGAAUUUCGUCUCCUCGACCAUCGAUCACCAGGUCGAGGACGGCACAGAUGAUGAAGAUGUCGAAGCCGUGCUGUGCAUGAAGACUACAGACAACGACUCAAAGGACUGCGUUCUCGUCGGAGAAGCAGAGGUACUCAACUCAUCGACACAAGCCCUGGAGAGCGUUCACAUUCUCCUUGACACAGGUUCAGAUCACUCCUUCGUCACUGAAGACCUAGCAAAACGCCUCGGACUGAACAAUAUCGACACUAAGUUAGGGUGGCCCGCUUCGGAUGAAGAUACCUUGAGAGCAGCGAAACCAAAAGAGACAGGAGUGCGGUGUAACCACUCUCCAGAUCAUCGAUGA